GAUCGCAAUAAAUCGUGCACAACAGCGUCUGGUGAACAUCAGCGACAGCUUUAACCACUUAAGAAUGCAAAAGCGUCAUCACUGCGCGCCUGCUUGCAAGCGCGGCGCUCAGCGAGCACUCCUGGAGCAGCUAGCGACCAAGGCAGCUGAGGGCAGUGCAGCGCGGCGCGGCGGCGAAUGCGUGCCACGCGCACGCCGCAAUCCGCCGAGCGGGUCGCGCGCGGGCGCCGGGCCUCGCUUUGCAUCAGCGAGCAAGCCUGGCGCGCCACUCACCGUCAACAGCGACACAUGAAAGGCGCAUGAGAGCAAACGCCCACGCCCAAACGCCGCCGACGCGUCACACAACACACGCAGGCAAAAAAAAACAAAGAUGGCCGACGACGAACCGAUGGAGGAGGCCCCCGCCGACGCCCCUGCUGAAGGGGAAGUGGAAGUGGCCGAGAUGUCCGUGCUGGACGCGCUGCGGGAUGUCCUGAAGCGCGCCCUCAUUCACGGUGGCCUGAAGCGCGGCCUGCGCGAGGUCGCCAAGGCCCUCGAUUCGAGAACGGCCAAAUUGUGCUGCCUGGCCAAGGACUGCGACAACGCCGAGUACAGCAACCUCGUCCGCGCUUUGUGCGACGAGGGCGGCGUGUCGUUAGUUAUGGUCGACGAGGGCAAGCAGCUCGGCGAGUGGGCGGGCCUCUGCAAGAUUAAUGAAGAGGGCGAGGCGACGUCGGUGGUCCGGUGCUCGGCGGCGUGCGUGACGGAGUUCGGCGAGGACACGCGCGCGUUGUCCGUGCUGCUGACGUACCUCAAGGCGCAGGCGCCCGAGGACAAGUAGAUUCGGUGGAGCGCGCUCAACGAUCCGAGAGGUAAGGGCGCGUGCCGCUGUUAGGUUGCUGUAAGGUGACCUAUAACUUAAACAAACACGCCCGCUGGUGGCGUCCACGCGAGCGCGAGUCGCCUCGAUGGCGUGGAGGUGGUGUAGAGCCAGACUGGCGUAAUCUAUCCCACCACGCCAUCGCCGCGAUGCCGCGUCGAUGGCGUACGGGAAGGCAGUAUCAAGCGAUCG